AGUUUCACACGACCCCUAUCGUUCACCUCGUCCACCUUGCCACAUUUGAGAUUGGAGAUUUGGACUGGUACAGUAUGGAGUUGGGGAUACGGCUUAUUUCCAGACAGAAUGGCCCUUGACUUACAUUGUUAAAUUAUGGAAUUGUAGAUUGAGAUGUACGUAUAGGAGAAAACAGACAUUGAGUACCUGUAAGAUUAGUAGGAGGAUGUCCUAAGGAACACUUUUGUCAUGAGACGAAGACACCUGGUGUAUGUUGUCAUUGUCUGCCUGGUGGGAUGGCAUCUCCUGGCAUACAUGACAAUGCCUAGGAAAGUAGCAGAAAAGAGUGCCACCAUGGAUAAAGAGACUCUUUUGAGACGUUUAAAGGCACUCCAACAAGAGGUGCGCCAGCAGGCUAAUUUUCACGAAAAGUUAUUGAAGCAGUUGGUUGAAGAACGGAAAGCAGUUGAAUCUGAUCUUGUACAAGGGAGAGGAGAUUAUUUGAAGGACCAAGUGACAUCCAAACUCCCCUCUGUCACAGCUAGGUAUACUGCCACAAAGGUUACACAACCUGUAAAACAUGUUGAAACAAAUCCACCUGUGCAGCAGAUUUCUAUUGAUCCCUACAAUGCUGUCAUACCAGUGUUGGUGUUUGCUUGCAAUCGCAUAACUGUAAAACAGAAUCUAGAUCAGCUUUUAAAAUAUCGUCCAUCAGCAGAAAAAUAUCCCAUCAUAGUUAGUCAAGACUGUGGCCACAAACCCACAUCUGAUGCCAUUGAUUCAUAUGGAGCUCAAAUAACUCAUUUAAAGCAUCCAGACCUGACAGAUAUUAGUUUACCUUGGACACAGAGAAAAUUUCAGGGUUAUUAUAAAAUAUCAAGGCAUUACAGAUGGGCCCUAAAUCAGAUAUUCAGGGUUCUAAAUUAUUCUGUUGUUAUUAUAGUAGAAGAUGAUUUAGAUAUAUCACCAGACUUCUUUGAGUAUUUCACAGCUUUAUUCCCUAUAUUAGAAAGAGAUCCCACUCUAUGGUGUGUGUCAGCAUGGAAUGAUAAUGGAAAAGUUAACAAUAUUGAAGAUAAUCCAUUGCUUCUGUAUAGAACAGACUUCUUCCCAGGACUUGGGUGGAUGUUAGAUAAAAAUACUUGGUUAGAAUUGGAGCCAAAAUGGCCAGCAACAUUUUGGGAUGAUUGGAUGAGACACCCAAAUCAGAGAAAAAAUAGAACCUGUAUACAUCCUGAGGUGUCUAGGACAAGAACCUUUGGGAGAAUUGGAGUUAGUAGGGGCCAGUUUUAUGAUAAACAUUUAAAAUUCAUUAAGCUAAAUGACAAACCAGUGCCUUGGACAACAAUGGAUCUCACAUACCUAUUAAAGGAGAAUUAUGAUGUGAAGUUUGUGAGGGAUGUUUAUGAGUGUCCAAUCGUUAGUGUUGCUCAGUUACAAGCUGGUGUCUCAGGGAGCCAUCCAGUCAGGGUACAGUACACUUCAAAAACAGAUUUCAAAUCCAUUGCAAAAGCAUUGGGGAUUAUGGAUGAUUUGAAAUCUGGGGUGCCAAGGGGGGGUUAUCGAGGAGUGGUGAGCUUCAUGUUUGCCGGUCGGCGAGUCCAUCUUACUCCACCCAUGCCAUGGACAGGGUACGAUCCAACGUGGAACUAGUCCCAUUUUUAUGUCUCACGGGGAUUUACUCAAGGAGAUGUUGAUGAUGAAGAUAAUACACGCUUCUCUGUAUGGUGGAAAGAACAUGGUGCUUAACAAUAAUCAAACCUUUAUUUUGCCAGCAUAAGGUGGUAAGAUGCCACACUGAAUUAAAAUUGAAGCACAUUUUCCAUAGCUUUGCAGACAGUCUGGAUUAGGUACUCUGAGAUAUGCUAAAAAAUACAAGAGCUUGAUUGUUAUAAAUGCACAUGAAAUGCCCAGGUGCAUAGGGUUUGGAAGCAUGUGUGGAUUCACAUUUGCACAUGAGGACAUUUGCUCCCUUAAUUUGUCUGAUGCAUUUCUCAUUUGUUAGAUAACGGGGUAACAUAUUCAUGUAAUUUUUUUGUUGUAAGAUAGACUGAAGUACAUAGCCGGGAUUGACAUGGAAGAGGUCUAGCUGCAUUUACACACAAUGAAAAAAAUGUUCAUUGAAUUACAGUGAAUGUUUUAUAAAUUAAGGGUCAUUUUCAUAAGAUUUUUGUACUGGGAUAUGUUAUUUAUUUCUGCUUUGUGCUUCAUGAUGAUCACUUCUUAGCUAUGAAAUAAGGUGUUUUGCCAAAUGACUUGAUGAGGAAAUAAAAUAUAAUGAACUUGUCUGAAGAAAUUAAGGAAUGUUUGUUUCAAACAGAAUUGCAAGAGACCUGUGAGUAACUUCAUCUCACAUGUGAUAAACUCAAACCAAACUGGUGAUGGGAUGCAAUAAUAAUUGUUCUCCAAUCUCAUAUGAUGAAACAUUAAUGUAUGUGUGAGGUAUAGACUGAAUAUCUUGUAAUUAUAAAUGAAUGAAAGAAUAAGGAUGCUCAAAAAAGCAAAAUAUUUAAUGCUGAAACUCCUGAAGAAGGAAAUCAUGUCAGAGAGUUAAUUAAGUUUGCUGCUGUUAAAAUUGAAGGAAUGCUGCAUGGUAGUGUACCAUGCAGCAGUGCAUUGAUCUGUUACCUUUGUUUUAGUUGCAUUAGAAUAUAAUUGUAUCUUAUUGUAUUUUCAUGUUUAUAGAGUACCUGCAAUACUGGCAGAUAAAACUGCCAACUUUAAAGUGGGGGUGGGGUGAAAGAGAUGUUAUAUUUAGGCAGUUGAGCACAUUCUAUUCACUUAUACAUGUUCUACUUUAAGCCACUGUCAUAGUUGAAGAUCAUAACCAUCUUCCAGUCUUUUAUGUUGUUUAUUUGAAGGGUUUAUAAAGCCCAAUGGUUUCUAAUGAUAAUCCGAUGUUUCAAGUAUAUGUAAAUAUUAAAAACAUUGUUAUGAAUAAAUGGUAAACACUUUAUAGGUGGACAAAAAUUAAAAUGAAAAAAUUGUUACGAUGUGAAAACUGACCAUUGCAUUCCAUGUGAAGUACAAAAAGGACUAUGUUAAGAAAGUUUUAAGUAUAUUUGUAGGAAAUGCUGCAUCACUGAUCAGUUUUUUUUUUUUUGUACCAUAUCUGGCAAUUAAAAGUCUCUUCAUUAAAAUUUAAAUCUUU